GAUGCAACUUGUGCGCAUCUCAAGGCCGCCUCCCUUUCACCCUCUAGCCAGCGUCAAUACCCAUGAAUAUAUGCGCGAUUGGGAAUGAAUAAAUCUGCGCAUCUACACAUUGCAUCCUGACAAUCUUGCCACUUUUCCGCGACAUCACAGGUGUCCUCGUCGCCGUGAAUUGCUUUUCGGACCGCGCGCGUCUCGGGUCAUACUGCGCCUUUCGGACGACUUGUGGACGCCCGAGCGAUAUACAAGUACUGCGCCUUUCACCGUAAUACCCAGGCUGGUCAAGAUUCGUCCCUCUCGCCAUGUCUACCUCUAUGAACACCCCCAAGAAAGCCGACCACCUCUGUGUCCUCGUCCAUGGCCUCUGGGGAAAGCCCGAGCACCUCAAAUAUGUCAGCACCACUCUAGGCGAACGAUAUUCAGAAGACAAAUUGCACAUCCUCGUAGCCAAGCGCAACGCUGGCAGCUUCACAUACGAUGGCAUCGAUACUGGUGGCGAGCGAGUGGCAGAAGAAGUGGAGAGGAAGCUGGAGGAACUAGCUGAGGCUGGACAUGACAUAACUAAGAUCAGUGUUGUUGGCUAUUCGCUAGGAGGCUUGAUAGCACGCUAUGCGAUCGGCCUGCUGUUCCACAGAGGCAUCUUUGAGAAGAUACAACCAGUCAACUUCACAACGUUUGCGACACCACAUCUCGGCGUACGAACACCCCUCAAAGGCUACCACAGCCACAUAUGGAACGUCUUAGGAGCCCGUACACUCUCCAUGAGUGGGAGACAACUCUUUGGCGUCGACAAGUUUAGGAAUACGGACAGAUCACUUCUAGCCGUACUUGCAGACCCCGAGAGCAUCUUCAUUCGAGGCCUCGCCCAAUUCAAGCAUCGGAGUCUAUACGCGAACGUCGUUAACGAUCGAACGGUCACAUACUACACCGCCGGCAUUUCGCAAACCGACCCCUUUGUCGACCCAGACGAUAUCAAGAUAAACUACAUCCCAGACUACGAAGAUGUCAUUGUCGAUGGUCGGCACCCAGUGUCUCAAAAGGAGCCAGAAGUGCCCCCAGCGUUAUCACAGCGGCUGGUACAGGGCACAUGGACAAUACUAGGAAGAACGGGCAUUGUCGCAGCCUUGACCGUCCUCGUACCGAUCGGCGUGUCAGCUUUCCUUAUCAACUCAGCAUUCCAAUCGAUACGCAGCCAGCAACGCAUCAGACUGCAUGAGGAAGGCAGGUCGGGCAUCGACUACGCGCGCUAUCGCAUACCGCUCAUGAUCAAUGCUGUGCGACGAGAAGCCGAGGGCAUGUACGAAAACGCAAACCAUGUUCAGAGCCAAGAAUAUUUGAGCGAGAGCUACGAACACGUAGGGUCUGCUUCUCCACGCUCGACACGCAAGGGCGAGUCCAAAUCCGACGUCGACUCGAUACAAGAGCAGAAGGAGGCCGCGACUCCUACUUUCCCUACGCUCGCACUUACUCAAGAACAAUUCGGUAUGAUUGAAGCGCUGGACAACGUAGGCUUCACGAAACACCCAGUGUACAUCCACAACCACCGACACUCGCAUGCAGCCAUUGUUGUACGCAUGAACAAGACUUCCUUCAAUGAGGGCAAGGUGGUCAUCAAGCACUGGUUGGACAACUUUGAAUUAUAAUCAACCCGCGGGGGUGUACAUUUUCUGUCUGCAUUUACAGCGGUGCGCAUGGAGUAUCUUUGGGAUGGCAUUCCCAGGAUAUAGAAGAGUUAUACCUUGAUCAUUUUGUUUAUAUAUGUGUUUCCAAAUACGAAUGUUUAAUCUGUUACUACAUCGCUACUGUUGCGUUCUCACAACAUCCCC